UAUUGGAUAAGGAUUUGAUCCCAUAUUCUAACUUUAUCUUGUUUUCCUCUUUGUUCUUGUAAACAUUAUAAUAAAUAUUCUCAUGUGUUCGUUAAUUUCACGCCAUCAUGAAUGGUGCUCGUGCUAUACAAUUUCUUCUGCAACUCUCUCUAGCUUCUACUCUUUGCCUGAAGAAACAAAAGCUUGGAAGCUCUCAACAAUUGGACCAAAGGUAAAUGGCCUCUGGUCGUGCAAAUUUCAGCUUUUCGGGACCAUCUCACAUAAGAGCUAUUGAUUGGUCAAAUGAACAUCAUCGAAGAUCGAUUGCAGCGAGCUUGGUUCAAGGUGUUUAUGUUCUAGAGCGUGAUCGCCAAAAGAACAAGCAAGGGCUUCAAGCUUCUUGUGCUCCUCCAUGGUGGGAAUCUUUUAAUUUUCAAUUGAACCGUUGUCUUAUCGACGAUGCAGACGAGUCAAUAUUUGGUGCCAUUUAUGAAUUCAAAAGCUCCUCUAAACCCCCAAACGUCCCAAAUUAUGUCAUUGCCUUCCGGGGUACUUUGAAUACUCCAGCAUCCAUUUCCCGUGAUCUCAAGUUGGAUCUUCUUUGCAUGUGCCACAGACUCCACGAGAGCUCCCGGUUUAAGCUCGCCAUGAAGUUCGUGGGAGACAUAGCCGAAGCAAAUGGACCCAAUAUUUGGUUAUCGGGUCAUUCACUCGGGUCAGCCAUGGCAUUACUAGCAGGGAAGAACUUGACCAAGAAAGGUUAUUUCAUUGAAACUUACCUCUUCAACCCCCCAUUCUUAGCCACCCCAGUGGAAAUACUGAAGCAUCCGGUAUUAAAAACUGGGUUUCGCUUCACAAGCAGUGUGGUUAAAGCGGCACUGGCAAUUGCCAUAAAGGGUCGGAAUCCAAAGCCUGGGAAAGAAGAUCCAUUCACUGCAUUAUCUUCAUGGAUUCCUCACCUGUUUGUUAAUCCAAAUGAUCUUCUUUGCUCGGAGUAUAAAGGGUAUUUUGAACAUAGGAAGAAGAUGGAAGAGAUUGGAGCUGGGAGAAUCGAAAGGAUAUCAAUGAAGAGUUCCAUUGUUUGUCUGUUCUCAAGUGUUGUGACCAGGAUGAGUUCCGAACCGUUGCAUUUGCUUCCUUCGGCUUAUCUCACUAUCAAUCUAAGUCCAGUUCCGGAUUUUAGGACUGCUCAUGGGAUUCAACAGUGGUGGGAUCCUAAUUUUAAUGGUAAGGUUGAACUACACCAGUUCAACUAAAUCUUUGCUUCACUGUGGAUAAAUCAAACAGUGAAUUUGCUUCCGGUGAAUUGUUUUUCAAAAAA